CUCUUCACCCAGUUCGUCGCCUCCGUCAAAUCCGCUGGAACUGCCGCGUAGUUGCCACCUAGCCAUCGAGGUCGGCUCCCGUUGUCGCGUUUCCUUUAGAGGGUCUCGACUUCAAUUUUCCGCUCGCGCUUUCCGCUCUUCUCCUUUCGAUCACAGCACAGCACAGCACAGCACUGUUCUCCUAUUUCUCGCAGCGCGAGCACCGGUGCUGCCUCGUUUCGUGUCCCUGUCCGCCGCCAUGUCGUCGUCUAGCGGCCUCACCUUCAAGCUUCACCCGCUCGUUAUAGUCAACAUGUCGGAUCACUACACGCGCGUUAAAGCGCAGCAACGAGGCGUGCCCUCGCGCGUUGUAGGGUGCCUCCUCGGCGUGCAGUCGGGCCGCGUUGUGGAGAUCUUUAACUCCUUCGAGGUAAUCUACGAGGCUCGAGGCGGCGACGGCGCCGGGAGCAGCAGCAAUCCGCGAGAAGCCAUGGAUGGCGGCUCGGGCGAGGCUGAAAUCGUCAUUGACCGGAGUUUCCUCACUACCAAGAUGGAACAGUACAAGAAGGUGUUCCCCAAGUACGACGUGCUGGGGUGGUACUCCACGGGCACGGACGUGUGCGCCGCCGACAUGCACGUGCACAAGGCGCUGAUGGACAUCAACGAGAGCCCCAUCUACCUGCUGCUCAACCCAGCCAUCAACCCCGCUGGCAAGGACCUACCCAUCUCCAUCUUCGAAAGCGAGCUGCAUGUGAUCGAUGGGGUGCCCUCCCUCAUCUUCGUCUCCUCCACCUACACCAUCGAGACGGUGGAAGCAGAGCGCAUAUCAGUGGACCACGUGGCACACAUCAAGCCCUCGGAUGGCAGCUCUGCUGCCACUCACUUGGCAGCGCACCUAACAGGGAUGCACAGUGCGAUCAAGAUGCUGACAACGCGAGUCAGACUACUGCACAGCCAUCUAGCCGCCAUGGAAUCUGGCGCAGUGCCGUACGACCACUCGGUGACCCGCCAGGUGUCCAGCCUCAUUCGAAGGCUGCCAGCUGUCGACUCCGACCGCUUCCACCGCCACUUUCUCACCGAAUUCAACGACACACUCCUAAUGACAUACCUUGCCAGCAUCACAAAAUCAACAAACACUAUAAACGAGCUGGUUGACCUAUUUGACGUGGUGUACGACAAGCAAUCGCGCCGAGCAGCACGCACGGCAUUUGUCUAGGCAGCACGCAAGAGAUAUUUGAAUUUGUCUGAAGCAAUUUAUUCAAGGUAACGAGUUGACUAGAAUAGGCAUACAGGGUAGUUUUGUUCUAAGUGAUGUACUCUCUAUGGUAUGCUCCAGGCCCCCACAUUGGUUUUGGGGUUGUAUGAUUCGUCAGACUUGCCUGCCAUCCCUUGGUAUGGCCAUCAGAGUUGCCCCUAAAAAAAAGUCUGAAAAAUCAGACUAACAAUAGAUUUUUUGUCUGAUC